AUGCCUGCUUUGAUUUUCCUAGGUCCGCCCGGAACAUAUUCCCAUCAAGCGGCAUUUGACGUUUUUGGUGAUUCUGUACAUUAUGUCGCAAAGCAGACUAUCGCUGGCGUCGUCGAGUCACUAUCCUCUGAGCUGCCCUUUGGUAUCAUACCACAAGAAAAUAGUACCAAUGGGUCGGUGGUCGAGACCUACAACCUACUCAGAUGCGAAUUCGUCGGUCGCGAUAGUUUUGUGAGAGGGGAGACGCACUUGCCCAUCAAACAUUCCCUGGUCGUUCGCAAAAACGUCAAAAUCGAGGACAUCGAAUACGUUUUCAGCCACGAACAAGCCUUGGGUCAGUGUAAAGCGUUUUUGAAAGAAAUCCUCCCAAGAGCGUCGCUUGUGCCGACAGACUCGACUGCGAGUGCUGCUCGUACAUUGCUCGGCCCACCAUCCGACAAUUUUGAUCCCUUCAAGAGUGCAGCAAUUUGUUCAACGGUCGUGACUUCGCUAUUUCCCGGCCUGGAGGUGUUGCACACCGGCAUUCAAGAUGGAGAAUCGAAUAUGACGCGCUUUUAUAUCGUAUCCUAUGGCGUGGACGUUCAAGUCCCUUGGCAAACGCCACCCAUCCACCAGAAGCGUGCUCUGAUCCGUCUCUUGCCUGAUACAGACUCGGUGUCAUGGGACUUUUCACGGGCGAUCAAAGCGCUCAAGAUACCCAUCUCCCGCAUAGACCGACGACCAUCCCCAUAUUCAUCCACUUUCCAUGAUAUAUACUUUCUCGAAGUGUUUGCCGAAGGAGGAAAAGAAAGCGAUGUUACCUGGUGUGAUUGCGUGAACCAGGCUGUCGAAAGAUUAAGGCAAGCAGGUUUGGAAUCCACAGUUCUGGGCAUAUGGUAG